UCUCCCCUUCGACUACCUUGGGUCAUUCUCUAUUCUCUUUCUUUCUCCCUUCCACCGUCUCUCGAUUUGGGAGAUUCACAAAUAACAACUAGAAGAUAUGUCUGAAGUUCAAUCACGGUCUUCUGCCUCUCGUGGCAGAGUAUCUGCCCGUGGCGGUCGUGGCGGCUAUAGCUCCAGAGGUGGACGCGGUGGUAGCAGAUCCACAAAGGCAGACAACUCAGAGGGCGCACCCGCCGCAUUCGAAGAUGAAGGAGAAAUUGGUCAAAUGAAGAAAAAGUACUCCGACACCCUGCCCAUGUUGAAGGAAUUGUUCAGCGACUGGACCGAUGAGGAUCUGAUCUUCGCUCUGGAGGAUGCUGAUGGUGACCUGGAGGCAGCUAUUGAUCGCAUCAGUGAAGGCAAUGUCUCUCAGUGGGGCGAAGUAAAGAAGAAGACCACAGACCGCAGCCGUCCUAAGCCCAAGGAAGUACAGAGCACCCCAACCGAGUCUGUCGUCCCCUCUGUCCGUGGAGGCCGUGGACGUGGUGGAUUUGAGGGUCGGGGCCGUGCUCGUGGAGAUCGAGGCCGUGGUGGUCGCGGGGGCAGGGCCGGUGUUCACACCAACGGCGCCCGCACCGAGAAGCCAGCUGUCGCUACCACCGUCACCGAUGCUGCUGCUGUUGCUGCACCGGAGACCGCUGCGACUACCAAGACGGAGAACACGCUUAAAGCUGAAUCUGCAGCAACCUCCGAGCCUGUUGAUACCUCGAAAGAAGAAGCUCAGGACGUCGCUAAGCCCAACGUUGUCCCCGGUGGAACAAAGACGGGUUGGGCCAGUCUGUUCGCUAAACCCACGCCGCCGCCCCAGCCCAAGAAGCCUGUUGCUCCUGCUCCUGUCCAGGUCUCGGAAAAGCCUGCUGCUGCGCCAGUAGAGGAGCAGAAACCAGCCGAGCCUACUCCCGCCCCGGCUCCUGCUGUCCCUGCUGCGGCUCCCGAACCAGCUCCCGUACCUGCACCGGCUCCUGCCCAGGCUCCUGUCCCUGUUCCCGUUCCCAUUCCAGUUCCAGUCCCCGCACAGAAAGCUCCUGAGCCUGUCAUCCCUCAGACUCUGCCAACGGAAGAACCUACCACUGUCAGCCCUCCCGCCCCCGAAGUGCCCGCUCCCAAGGACGAUUUGACAAAGAACAACCUCGCUCAGAUCCCCGAUGUCUCUCCCCCUGCUCCGACCGCUACCGCAGCUAGCACUGUGGGUAGCACCCUUGAGUCUGCUGCCAAUGCUCCAGUUGCUGCCACUCCCACUCGCGUUCCGGCCAGCAUUCAUCCCUCUAGUGCUCUGAAGCACAGCACUCGCACUCCUGGCACCCAGCGUCGCGUCAUGGAGCAGCAGGAGGCCGUGGUUAUGCCGGGCAACCACGCUGUGGACCGGGCGGCGGUCCAGUUCGGCAGCAUGGGUUUGAAUGGCGAUGCUGCUGAUGUUGACAUUGACGAGAACAGAGAAGACGCGGAAACCCGUGCUCAACCUCCUCAACACUCUCCCGUGGCCCCGCGCGCCUCUUUGCCUCCUUCCACCCAAGCCCAAGCUCCCACUGAAACUCCUGCAGUUGCCCGCCCGGCUCCUGGGCUUCCUCCCGUGCCCCAGGGUUCUGCUGCCGACAACUCCUUUGCCGAUUUCUCCCGCUACACCGAUGCUCACAAGCCCUUCGACCCCUUCACCCAGCAGGUUACGCAGCCCCAACCCCAGGUCCAGGAGCCGUUCGCAAACCAGGCGCCUAUUCAGCCAACUGUCACCAGUGGCAGCGAGUACUCGCCGUUCUAUGCUGUGGAUCAGCGCCUGCCUUACAACUACUACGGCUCUUAUGGUCAGACCCAGGAUGCUACUGUUGCUGCUCAGAGAGCAGGAUUUGGCGUUUCUGGCGCCGAGGUGCAGCCGCACAUUCCCACCACCCAACCCCCAAGCCGCUACGGCCACGUCGAAGCUCCUAACAGCGGUCACACCACCCCCAACCCCACCCUCCCCGGCGCCACUCAGACGCCUACUGCCCAGCACAUGCCAGGCCAGGGCGCCCAUAACUACGGCUACGGAUAUCCCUACUACUCGAACCCUCACUAUGCUUCGUACAUGAGCGGAAUGAACCAGUACGGCAGAAACCGUCCGAUGUAUGACGAUGCUCGCAGAUAUGACGAUCACUACAUGCCCCACAGCAACCAGUACGGCUAUGGAAGCCAAUAUGGUCCCUAUGGUGGCAAGGCUGGAAUGUAUGGUCAACCCCACGCCUUCUCUUACGAUCACACUUCUUCCCCCGCCACGGCGGCUUCCUUCAACCAAACCAUCCCUGGCCGCGACUCAGUUUACGGGCGUACUGGAUCUGCUCAGCCAUCUGAGAGCCAGCAGUCCGCUGCGGCAGGAUCGACCGCCUUCGGAUCCGGCAUGUCGGAUGUCUUCGGCCGGUCCCAGGGCAGCUUCGGCCAAAACCAGCCGAUCACCCAACAGCCUCCUGUGACGUCCGAGGAGACAAAGAGCUUCGACACUCCCAAGGCGUCUGGACCGAGCCCUUCUCUUGCGCAGGCUAACCGCCCCGGCUCUGCCACCAACAGCGCCCCUGGUCAGCCCCAGUCUCAGGGCGGUAUUCCCCCGCUGCAGGGUCAGCAGGGUCAGCAGGGCUUUGGUUCUUACCCUCACCUCAACCCUCAGUAUGGCGGCGGCUUGGGUGGUCUAGGCGGUCACCAGGCGGCUGGUUCCCAGACUCACCACCAGCCUACUGGCUAUGGUAACUACGGUGGCGCAGGUUUCGCUAACUAUUAUGGCAACACUGGACGUGGAGGCUGGGGAGGCAACUACGGUCACUAAGGGAUAUGGCGUUACAUCUUAACUGGUGAUGAAAUCUACAUUGGCUCUUCCCCCGUUUUUCCCUUUGCUUUUUUAUUUUCAUU